CACGUCCAGCACCCGUACCGUCGGUGCAUCAUUGCACAGAGAGGAACUCAGCUGUUUGUGUGGCAGUCAUGGAUACAAGCUAAGUGUCCAGCGGCGACGACCCACGCAUUUGCCAGAGAAGCGCGACGAGGUGACCAGGUAGACCGCCCCACUGUCUCCGCUCCAGACACGGGGCCCGACGUUGAAGUCCCCGCACAGCGACUCGGUUGUCUCGGUCUGCAGCCACUAUGGGUGGGUUGGGGACUGUGCGUCGUGGUGGAAGAUCUCCCCCUCUCAUGAUCGGUGCUCUCAUCGCUUGUAUUCUGGUUCUGGGAUUUAACUACUGGGUGUCCAGCUCGCGCAACCUGGAGCUGCAGACUAAGCUGUACGAGUUAGAGGGCCAGGUGCGACGUGGAGCAACAGAGCGAGGAGCAGCAGAGAUGAAGAAGAAUGAGUUCCAGGAGGAGAUCCAGAGACAGAAGGAGCAGAUCAACCACAUAGAAACCCUUUAUAAAAGACAGCUGGAAGCAGCCCAGACCACCUGCAACCAAGAGAAGGGUAUACUGCAGCAGAAUAUUUCCUCCAGUACCAAAACAACACAGGAACUCAAAGCUCAGUUGAAUCAGCUGAAUGAUGAACUGGGGAAGCUGCAGAAGGAUCUACAGAGUUGCCAAGGCAAUAUCAACACCCUUAACAACAAACUCACUUAUGACAUGACCCAGUGUCACUCUCAGGUCCUGUCUCAGAAGGAGCUGUGUGAAGAGAGGGUAGCGUCCGUUAAACGUGAAGUUCAGAAGAAAAGGGAGAAGCUCAUCAUCCCUCCCCCAGGUGUCUCCUCACAGGAUGCAGGGAAAUUUGAGGCAGCGGCCAUGACUGUGGCUGAUACAGUUAAGACAGCAACUGUUGUGAACCACACUCUGAGCCUCGCUCAGCCCAAAGGAAACGAACCAGCUGAACUACAGACAAAUGAGAUCAUUGUCGACAAAGUUUCUGAUGUUCCAGUGGAACUGGUCUCCAAAAUAGAGUCUGUUCCCUCUGCGGCUGCAGCCAAGCAGGACAUUUUGCUGCCACCAGAGGGAGCUGACAAAACACAAGAGGCUGAGACGGAGGCCAGUAAACUUUUGAAGAACAAUCUGACCGAGGACCAAGAGAUGGAGCUGAUGGAUGUCCACGAAGAGGGCGCUCAGAGAGAAGAGGCAGAUCCUGGGAUGGAAGGCAUGCUGAUUGGCCAGGGGAAGGUUGAUAAGACUCCCGUUGGUCAGAAAUUGGAGGAGCCAGAAGAGUACGACGCAGACGAGCAAAUAGUGGGUGGAGUCGAUUUGGAGAAACAGCAGCAGAGUAAACAGACAGAAAAUAUAGACAAGGACAUGGAGGAGGAGCUCGCCGACUAUAACGGGGAUGACGAGAAUGAAGGGGAGUUUGAAGCAGACAAACAAGCAGAGCUUGCUCAGAACUGAGGGCUCGUGUUGAAGAAGGAGCAAGACAUUUUCUACACCUCAGCAUAAAAGCAACGUAGAGGUUAAUGCAGCCCUCUAAACACAGUGAACACAAAACAAAUCCAGAUGGAAAUUUCUGUAUGAAAAACUUGUGACAGUAGUUAUUUUUCAUGAGGAUUUGGCGAAAUUCUUUUACUUAACCAUCUUGAUUCAAAUCCGUACACUUAUUACAAAUUGUCCAAUAUUUAAUCUGCUGAGAUCAUACAUUUUUUCUCUUAUCGGAGUAAGAAUGUGCAACUUCAUAUCCAAUUACUACUGAUCACAAUCAGCGAUUGUAAACAUAAAGAUGUACAUCGAUCUCCACUUCCUCUCACUGUUAAAAAAUAAUGAAGCCAAAAUAUGAUGGAUAUCAGCACUGCCAUCUUGCUCUGGUGACGUCACUUGGAGCCAAAGAGUCCAAGUGACAUAGUAGAAGUGAUCGUGGCGUGGUCUAUCACAGCUGUCAAUCAGUAAUCAAAGUAAUCCAAACAAAACUUAAACAUACUUGAACAUACAUCAGCAUGUAAUUAACAUUCACAAUCACAGAAACCAUCUUUGGGGUAAACUGUAUUUUGGCUACAGGUCCCAUCCACUAACAUGGAGGGGGUGGUUUUUAUGACAUGUACUGCAGCCAGCCACCAGGGGCCGAGCAAGAUGUGUUGGCUUCACAUUUGAAGAGUGGUCAUGUCGUCGAAGCUUUGUGUAGUCAUUGAUUGCAAUAUACAAUGUCAGUCAACCAUACACGUUUUUAUAUCUACGUGCAUUUCGAUGUAUACACAAAACCCUGCUAUUGUGGUGACUGUGCUCAAAUUGAUUUCAGUAGGUUUUAGGAGCUGUAAAAUUGCUUAGUAUUUUGAUUUUGGGAUUACAUUUGUCGUCUAUGUAAUGACUGUAACUUGAUGAUAAUUUUAAGACCCUUAUAGGGUUACGUGGUGUCAAAUAUUGUCGUAAUGUAACAGAUCUGGGGGAUCCCUGUAACUCAAUCCACCUUCACAGAACCCUGUAGCACAGGCCUCUCCCCUUCGCAACAUCUUCUUAAACAAUGCCUUAAACUUCUCCUGUACAGUCUCUCAUAGUAAGGACUUCAGGUCGGCGGUCGGAGCAUUUUAUGACCAUGAAAGCUUGAAAAAUGUCCAUAAAUAGCAGCAAAUAAAGGAAAUGUGGAAAUACUCAUGUUGGAAAAACAGAUGGAAUAACAAAAACUGCAGCUUUGUGAAUCCCAUAUAGCAAAAGACGUAGUAGACUCCCUCAACAGACAUGCCACAUGACAAAUGGGCAUAUUAUGGUUUAUAUGCUGCUGUGACUUUGUCAGGUUUCAGCUUCAGUCGAUGAACAUUUUGAUCAACAAGCAAUCGUUUCUAAAUGAUCUAAACUGAACACUGUUCACUUGCUUUGACAGCGAGGCUUUUAUUUCCAGCUGUGCUUCAGAUCACACGGGGUUACAAGGUUGAGUUUGUGCCGUGUUCUACAUGUGAGAUCCGCAAGACGGAAAAACAGGAUCAAAAUGAAUAGGAAAGAAACCGUUUGGAACAUCUUGAUAAUGUUUGUAGCUCAACAAUCUUAUUUUAUUGUGAUGCCUGCCUUAUUAAUUGUGUGUGCACCAGUUUUCCUCUAGUUUCUGAUUGAGGACCUGCUCAGAGGUUUGUGAUUAUACUUUGUGGAUUCUGUCUCUGGUCUACUGAAUUGGUUGGACUGUGCACUCUGUUGGGAACACGGAGAGAGAUCUGUGAGAAUUGCUGUAAUAUUAUGAAGGACAGUUCCUUGAAGUAGGACCAGUGUAUUGUGCUCUAAGGCUCCUAGAGUUCAGUAGAUGUGAACUCAACUCAACUUAUGAACUAAUACCAGGCAUCAGAAAUUAGUUAGUUAAAUUGUUGGUGGAAUAUUCUAUUGCCUUGUGUUUUAUAUAGGACAGAAGAUUUCUUUUAUUUUCCCGAUAUUCUGCUUUAUUUAGUAGUGGUGACCACGACACUGUUGUUGUAAUGGCGAUUUCCACAAUGCAUUGACUUCUCAUCAACAGUCAACUCCACGUACGGAACACACUGGAAAGUUGUCCUCAACUGUUACUCGCUGAAACCUGUGUGAUUAAACACAGAUGGUUGUUGGUACACAGUGGGUGUUGUACUGUAGCUCAAGCUCUGGUUUGAACAGGACAGUAAGUUAAACAUGCAGAAUUUUAUCAAAGUGUGAGGAAAUCUACAGAGUUUGCCUUUUGAUGUAAAGAUGCAGCCACACAAAGCUUAGUUUUGGCACAGUAAUGGCUUACAUUAGCCCAAAUGAAGAUACAUAUACAGAAUGUGGAACAUUUUCAUACGCAUAUGGAUAAGAUCAACGGAUCUCUGUGGUUCUGUGACUUCACUGCUUCAGCCUCACAAAAUUUGCUUCUUAGUUACAGGAACACUGUCCCCUAAAACUAUGAUAGUUUCAUCAACACCCGAUCGUGUUUUUCGCAAAAAAGAAAGUUGCUUACAACUUAACAUUUUUUCAAUUGGCAACACAAGUUUAAUUUAAUUUUUUUUAAAUUUAAGUUUAAAAUUUUCUUAACAUAACCGUAUGUUGAACGAACGUAAUUUAUUUGUGUGCUACCUUUAUAUGUAUUUCUUUUGUGUCAAACGGUGAAAUAUGAUGGUAUCAUACAUUCUUCGACAUGCUUUUCCUUGUGGCUUUUGUGGGUUUAUGAAAUGUUUGACCAAAUGUGAAAAGCAUUUUUUAUUAAGUUAUCAUGGAACUUUUCCAGACAAAACACAGAGCGACUAUUAAAACUUUCAAAGGUAAUCCCGAGUAGUAUGUAUUUUAUUAACUUAUUAAUUUUUUUACAUUUUUUGUUGUCAUUGUGACUGUUGAAACCCGGGCCUGUCUGAGUAACAAUGUGGAAAUCAAGUAGGAGAGCUGAUGAAAGUUGAAUAGUUUCGUCACAAGAAAUAUCCAAAGCAAUUCAUCCAUCAGCACUCCUGUGCUUCAAGUAACGAGCUGCAAUCCCGUUGUCUGCUUUUGUCUGAUGCCGGAGCCACGUGCAAUGUUUUAUUAUAGUUGCUGUUGUUCAUCGUCUGACACUGCAAAGCUUGGACAACCACCACAACCAGAAAGCUUCCGCUGACUAAAUGUGUAAAGACUCCCCAUAUUCUGAACUAGAAGUCUGUGUACCUGCAGAUAAAAUGUUUUAUGAUUUUUAUACAUUGGAUUACCAAUUUAUUUUUUGGGGGAGGGGUGGGGGUGAUUUUAUUAAAUGUUUAUUUCAUCUUAUUCUGUACAGCUGAACAAAUUUCUGAAAGAUCAAAAUAAUCAAAGGCUUUAUUGGUGACGGAGAAUAAAAAAAAAAGUUUUUAUUACCACUA